GGACAAGCCGUACGUAUCGAGCAAUUUCUCCUUCGUCUUCCACAUGAGUUCCGCUCUACGCCGCGGGUGAAAGCGACGGAGGAGAAAUCCGAGUUUUUCAGGGCAUCUACCGGGCACCACCACCAGUAGUAGGAGUAUAAACCAGUGGCUCCGACCCGUCCUGCCAAGAAUAGUUGACGCGUUGGUUUGGUUGGUCACUGCAUGCGAGAGGCAGGAAUGGCCGGUGACAAUCUGGGUUACCCGGCCACGGCCCUUGUAGAUGGGUCCUCCUCCUGGUCUUCUUGGAUUUGCGAGCAGGAGGGCGGCGGUAUCACCUUCGCGUCGCCCUGCGUGCAGAGGAGCCUGAUCGAUUGUGUCAAUGUCGUGCUUCUUGUCGCCUAUGCCAUCGCGCUGCUCGUGACCUGCGUCAGGGGGCAGUGGGAUGGACGGGGAAGGCGGCGGCGGCGGUGGGAGGUGGCCGCGGUCUCCGUGUGCUGCGUGGCGGUCGCGGCGACGUACGCCGUCAUCGGCUUCAGGGACGCCACUGAUGCGGCGGCUUCCAUCGUCAGGGGGGUGGUCUGGGUUUCUGUAGCAGCUUCCUUGCAAGUCCAGCCGACGAGGCCGGCGAGCACCGUUGCCCUUCUCUGGUGGACGCUCUUCUCCCUGCUGAUCACCGCUUACAAUGCGGAGGUCCUUAUCAGCGGCUACCGGCUGGACGUCGCCGAGGUGGUUGCGUGGCCGGUGAACUUCCUGCUCCUGCUCUGCGCUCUCAGCUCGCUGCUCCAGCGCAGCGAUGGCCGCAAGGACAGUCUAGAUGACAACGGCUUGUCGGAGCCUUUGAUCGACAAGGCAGUGCACGACUCAGAGCUGUACCGGGCCGGCCUGUUCAGCCAGCUGACCUUCUCAUGGCUGAACCCUCUGCUCCGCCUGGGCCGCUCAAAAGCGCUGGACCUCGCCGAUGUCCCGCUCAUCGGCUCUGAGGACAGCGCGCUGCAAGCCUCAAAGAAGUUCUCCGAGGCAUGGAACCGACACCGGCAGGACAAGGCGCGGAGUGGCAGCACCAACGGCCUCCCCCUUGUCUUGUUCAAGUGCUUCCUCAGGGAGAUCGUGAUUGCCGGCUUCUAUGCAUUGAUGAGAACACUCGCCAUAGCUGUGUCCCCUGCAUUGCUCUUUGCGUUCGUACGGUACAGCUACCAAGAAGAGAGGGAUCUCCGCGUUGGCUUGUCGCUGGUUGGUUGCCUGCUUCUUAUCAAGCUUGUCGAGUCGUUGUCCCAGCGGCAUUGGUUCUUUGAUUCGCGGAGGACCGGGAUGCGCAUCCGGUCUGCACUAAUGGCGGUCAUAUUUGAGAAGCAGCUCAAGCUGUCCAGUCAGGGGAGGAAGAACCACUCGACUGGAGAGAUCGUCAACUACAUUGCAGUGGACGCGUACCGGCUCGGGGAUGCUCUCAGCUGGUUGCACAUGGCGUGGAGCUCACCACUUCAGUUGGCAUUGGCAGUAGGCACGCUCAUCUGGGCACUCCGGCUUGGGGCCGUCCCAGGUCUAGUCCCGCUGAUCAUCUUUGGCUUCCUCAACGUGCCGUUUGCGAAGCUCUUGCAAGGGUACCAGGCGAAGUUCAUGGUUGCACAGGAUGAGAGGCUCCGAUCUACGUCCGAGAUACUCAACAGCAUGAAGAUCAUCAAGCUGCAGUCCUGGGAGGAGAAGUUCCGGAGCAUGAUCGAGUCGCUCAGAGACGCCGAAUUCAAAUGGUUGAGGGAGACACAGAUGAAGAAGGCCUACGGCGCCGUCAUGUACUGGAUGUCCCCGACGGUCGUCUCUGCAGUGAUGUAUACCGCAACGGCAAUCUUGGGGAGUGCACCCCUGAAUGCUAGUACUCUUUUCACGGUUUUAGCCACCCUGAGGGUCAUGGCUGAGCCAGUGAGGUUUCUUCCUGAGAUCCUGACAAUGAUGAUCCAAUACAAGGUGUCGUUAGACCGUAUCGAGAAAUUUCUCAUAGAAGAUGAGAUCAAAGAAGGUGUGGAGAGGGUGCCUUCAGAUAACUCCGAUAUCAGAGUUCAUGUCCAAGAUGGAAAUUUCAGCUGGAAUGCAAGUGGAGCUGAUCUGGCUCUAAGGAAUGUAAACCUUAGAAUACGUCAAGGAGAGAAGGUUGCAGUUUGCGGUGCAGUUGGCUCAGGAAAAUCUUCACUCCUUUAUGCAUUACUUAGGGAGAUACCUAGAACAUCAGGAUCAGUCGAGGUAUUUGGCUCACUGGCAUAUGUUUCACAGAACUCUUGGAUACAGAGCGGGACUGUCCGUGAUAAUAUACUCUUCGGUAAGCCUUUCAACAAGGAACUGUACGAGAAGGCAAUCAAAUCUUGUGCUUUGGACAAGGAUAUAGAAAAUUUCGAUCAUGGAGAUCUGACCGAGAUUGGUCAGAGAGGACUCAACAUGAGUGGGGGUCAGAAGCAAAGGAUUCAGCUUGCUAGAGCUGUCUACAAUGAUGCAGAUAUCUACCUCCUUGACGACCCUUUCAGCGCAGUCGAUGCACACACCGCUGCAGUUCUUUUCUAUGAUUGUGUAAAGACAGCACUUUCAAAGAAGACUGUUGUUCUCGUGACACACCAAGUUGAAUUUUUGACCGAAACUGAUAGGAUUCUUGUAAUGGAAGGCGGUCAGGUUAAUCAACAAGGGAAAUAUGCAGAACUACUGGAAUCUGGGACAGCAUUUGAGAAGCUAGUCUCUGCUCACCAGUCGUCAGUCACAGCAUUGGAUACUACUAGCCAACAAAACCAAGUGCAAGGGCAACAGGUUCUCGAUGACAGUAUAAGUCCAAGUGCAUUGCUGGCAACACGGCAAAGUAGUGAUAUUGAAGUCCAAACGAAGGGUCCUUCCAUGAUCCAGCUCACGGAGGAAGAGGAAAAGGGGAUUGGUGACCUUGGAUGGAAGCCAUAUAAAGAUUACAUAGAUGUCUCUAAGGGCUUUUUACCUCUCUGCGGGAUGUGUACAGCUCAGGUACUGUUUACAUGCUUUCAGAUCAUGUCCACAUAUUGGUUGGCUGUGGCUGUUCAGAUCAACGUCAGUAGUGCUCUUCUGGUUGGGGCAUAUUCAGGGCUAUCCAUCUUCAGCUGCUGCUUUGCCUAUCUCAGAAGCCUUUUUGCGGCUACUCUGGGGCUCAAGGCCUCCAAAGCAUUCUUUACUGGUCUAAUGGAUUCUGUAUUCAAGGCGCCUAUGUCAUUCUUCGAUUCAACGCCAGUUGGAAGAAUAUUGGCAAGGGCAUCUUCAGAUUUAAGCAUUUUGGACUUUGACAUACCUUACUCCAUGGCUUUUGUGGCGACUGGAGGUAUCGAGGUGGUCACAACAAUACUGGUCAUGAGUACUGUUACUUGGCAAGUCUUAGUUGUAGCAAUCCCAGUUGCAAUCACCAUGGUAUAUGUUCAGAGGUACUACGUGGCCUCAGCCAGAGAGCUAGUCAGAAUUAAUGGAACAACAAAGGCACCUGUCAUGAACUACGCAGCAGAAUCAAUCCUUGGCGUGGUGACAAUCAGGGCUUUUGCAGCAACAGACAGGUUCAUCCGCAACAACCUACAACUUGUAGACAACGAUGCGACAUUGUUCUUCCACACGGUUGCUGCACAAGAGUGGGUGCUUAUAAGAGUGGAAGCACUGCAAAGCUUGACGAUACUCACAUCAUCAUUGUUCCUUAUUUUGGUUCCUCCAGGAGUAAUUUCACCAGGUUUUGCGGGUCUUUGCCUGUCCUAUGCGUUGACCCUGACAUCAGCACAGGUUUUCCUUACUAGGUUCUACUCCUACCUAGAAAACUAUAUCAUUUCAGUUGAGAGAAUCAAGCAGUACAUGCACCUGCAAUCAGAGCCUCCUGCCAUUAUACCAGAUAAUAGGCCUCCAACUUCAUGGCCACAUGAAGGAAGAAUAGACCUACAAGAUUUGAAGGUGAAAUACCGUCCGAACACACCACUUGUUCUCAAAGGAAUCACGUGCACCUUCCCUGCUGGAAACAGAAUCGGGGUUGUCGGGAGGACAGGAAGUGGGAAAUCAACACUUAUCAGCUCAUUGUUCCGUCUCGUUGAUCCUGUGGGUGGGAGGAUACUUAUCGACAAUUUGGAUAUCUGCUCUAUUGGUCUCAAGGAUCUAAGAGCUAAACUGAGUAUUAUCCCCCAAGAACCUACGCUUUUCAGAGGAACUGUGCGCAAUAACUUGGACCCUCUCGGUCUGCAUUCAGAUGACGAGAUAUGGGAGGCCUUGGAAAAGUGUCAGCUAAAGAGAUCAAUUAGCAGCACUGCUGCUCUUCUUGAUACAGUAGUGAGUGAUGAUGGCGAUAACUGGAGCGUUGGACAGCGCCAGCUCUUCUGUCUUGGCAGAGUUCUCCUUCGUAGGAAUAAAAUUUUGGUGCUAGAUGAAGCAACGGCGUCCAUUGACUCCGCAACUGAUGCAAUCCUGCAGAGUGUCAUCAGGAAGCAGUUCACCAGUUGCACAGUGAUAACCAUUGCUCACAGGGUUCCGACUGUGACCGACAGUGACAGGGUUAUGGUACUUUCCUAUGGUAAGCUUCUAGAAUAUGACACACCCGCCAAGUUGUUGGAAGACAAACAAUCAGCCUUUGCAAAACUUGUGGCAGAGUAUUGGGCUAAUUGCAAGCGGAACUCGACAUGAUUCUAUCAUUCUGUGUGAGAGUUUGAUGAAAGAGAUUAGCAAUUCAAUUAAGAUACUGAAAGAUUGAUAUUCCAGCUUCAUGAAUUACAUAUAUAACAAAACUGAUCUUGUCCUCUUCGCUUGUUUUUUGGUGGAAUGACUGGAAAAGAAGACAACAUCAACAAAAAUGAAAUUUCAGCCAGUGAGGGAAAAUUUUCGAGAUUGGGUUGAUGGAAAGAGCUAGCUCAAACUGCUAAGUCGAUCCCUCAAAAAUAAGCAUGCCAAAAUGAUAUAGGAUGGCUUUUCAAAAGGGAAUAGAGAACCCACUUCUGGCAAGAAGAAAAGGAAGUGUGGAGUUGUCAUUUAAAUGAUAUCUUCCCUGGGCAUGUCAUACACAAUUAUUACUGUGUCCCUUCUGUGCUCAAUAUUGAUAAAUUUUAAAAUGUUUGUUAUAUGCAAUGGAAGUAUAUCGUUGUCUAAAA